AUGGAGCGCGAAUCGAAUCCUAUGCAAGCCCAAUGCAGAAGCGGUUGUGGAUUUUACGGUUCUACCGCCACGGAUGGUCUUUGUUCGUUAUGUUACAAAGAAGCUCUAAAGAAAAAACAACAGCCUCCCUCUAAUACAACAAGUGGACCUUCCACAGUCUCAGGAACAGCCUACAAUAACGCAAAUACAAGUAGUGUAGCCUCAUUUGGUAACUCGAGUCCAAGUAACGGUUCAAGUUCGGUAGUUGCUAUAUCGUCAAGUUUUAUUGAUACUGCCGUUCCUACCAUUCCAAUAAUUAGUCCUACCACCAACGAUAAAGAAGUUGAUAAAGAUUCAGAAGGGGCGGAAUGCAGCACGACCGUUUCUGUCCCUAGUGUAGAGGAAGACGAACAAAAAGACGGUGACAAAGACUCGAAAAAGAAGAAAAACCGUUGUGCCGUUUGCCGUAAGAAGGUCGGUUUGACAGGAUUCGAAUGUCGGUGCGGUGGUUUAUUUUGUUCCAUUCAUCGAUACAGUGAUAAACAUGAUUGUCAGUUUGACUACAGAUUACUGGGUGCCACCGAAAUACUAUUAGAAAGAAAAAAGGAAAGAAAGAAAGAAAGAGAAAAAAAAAAAAAAAAAAAAACAAACAAAUAUUUAGACGUUGGAAAAGUGUUCAGUUCUAAGUGA